UUUAAACUUCGAAGUUACGAAGUUGUUUAUAUGCUUUUCAUAUAGUGCAAUUCCCUUGGAAAUCGGUGCGAUCUUUAGUUAAAUUUGGACGAUCGACGAAUUGUACGAGCGCUGCAAAGUGUUUGCUGCGCCGUUGUCGUCAAAAUUAUUUUGGAUCCGAGGCGUUUGACAUUUUAGUGAAUCUGAAUCGUACUCGUACUACCGGUAAAUUCUUAAAGGCUUUCACUUUCGGUAUUGAGGUGUAAUCUAGUAACUGAAGAAAGAGCAUCGUAUCCUGCACAAGUAGAAUUUGUACUUUUUGAACAUAAAGAAAUGAACAAGCCAAUUCCUGGAAGUUUAGCGAAAGCAAAUGGUACCAAUAUUCCCAUAGGUCAUUUUGAUUAUAGUUAUAUAAAGGAUUGUAAUGAUGCAAAAGAACUUGAAGAAAUUAUUGAGGUUUUAAGAACAGGCAAAGAAGGGUAUUAUCCUGAUCUUCUGGAAUUUGCUGAGAAGAAACUGAAGGAACUCAAUCCAAAGAGUGAAAUACUACGGAAAGACAAACCAGCACCAACUGUGAGAGAUCUUGAUGCUGAUGAACAGAAAUCGGUGACAGAGGAUUUCCAAGAAUGGAUAGAGCAGGCAAAUGAUAUUGACAAGAAGCUAAGGGAGUCAAAUGGACAGGCUGAAGAGACAAAUGUUGAUGGUUUGAUUCCAGUCAGAACUAAAAAAACCAUUGUCAGUGGUUCAGACACAAAAAAUGCUGAAAAACCCGCAACUGAAUCAAAGAAAAGAGUGAAACCUAGGGAUUAUAAUGAGUGGGAUAAGCUUAACGUCGACGAGGAACUGAAAAACGUGGACAUGAAACAAGAUGGUCCAAAACCUAAAGUUGCUCAAAGUAAAAGUUCAAUGAAUGGACCAGCAGUCUCAACUAAAGAUAUGAAUGCAGAGGAACGGCUACUACGGGCCACAAAAGAGAAAGAAAAAGGAAACGAAGCAUUUCGUGCUCAGGAUUACUCCGAAGCAGUUAUUUACUACACAACAAGUUUAAAAUACGAACCUACGGCUGCAAGUUAUAACAAUCGGGCUGCUGCAGAAUUGAAAAUUGAAAGAUUUUCUGAAGCGAUCGAGGACUGCUGUAAGGUCCUUGAAAUAGAACCAAAAAAUUUAAAAGCUCUCAUACGCCGUGGAAUAGCCUAUAAAGCAUUAAAACAAUAUGAACUCGCUGCAAAGGAUUUCAAUCUAAUUCUGAGUAUCGACCCAAAAAACAAAAGAGCAAAGGAUUUAUUAGGAGAAAUUCAAGCCACGAAGAAGUCAAAUAACGUGCAAACCCAAACAGAAACAAGAAACGUUGAUAGCAACAAAACUCAAAAUGUAGAUCAAGAUAUCUCGGGCGCAAAAAGAAAGAAGAAGCGGUUAAAUAUAGUCGAAAUUGAUAGCAGCACCAAAGACACGGAGUGUGGAAACGCACAAAAUAGGAAAACUGGUUUGUCCAAUCACGUUGGAGAAAACGGUUUGGAAGCUACUAGUAAGGGGACAUUGGAUGACAUGGAGGUGAAACGUGGUGUAAAACAUGAACAAGUAGGAUUGUCGAAGGAUAAUAGCAAGGAUUCGGCAACUGAAAACAAACGCAAUCUUGCUGGCGUAGAUUGUUGCUUGGUAAUGGAAUCGGAGACAGAGGUUGAGGCUGAGCCGGGAAACCAAUCAUCGGACGGGAAUCUUGAAAAUCCGAGUGGUACUGGGAACGAGGAACCUGUGCAGAACGGGGUGGAGAGUGUGUUGGAGUUACCCAACGAAGUAAAAGAAUUGAUGAAAGAUGGAAAUGACUUGUAUAAAAUGGGUCAUCACGCUGAAGCUUUACAGAAAUUUAGUAAUUGUGUCGAACACCUGUGGGAAGACCGAGAGUCGUAUACUAGCGCUGUAUCAAGUCUUCUCAAUAACAAGGCGGCGUGUUAUUUCAAGAUGGGUGAUUGCAAACAAUGUGUAGUGGAGUGUAAUGAGUCGUUGAAGCUGAUUGAUGAUAAUAUCAAGACUUUGUUGCGUCGUGGAACAGCUUUUGAAACGAUGGAAAAGUAUGCAGAGGCUUUUAGGGAUUUCAAUCGCGUUCGACUCAUUGAUGCAACCAAUAAAAUGGCGCAGGAACAUUGUUCGAGAGUAAUAAAACAUCUGGAAAUGCUUCAUGGGAAAUCCUGGCGAAAAGAGAUAUUUGAGAUGAGCGGCGAUGACGAUAGCAAGCAGCAGAUAUUCCCGGAUGCUGGAAAAUCUGUCAAAAAUUCCAAUCAAGUGCAACAAAGUAAGAAAGAAGACGAAGUUUCAAAAAUGCCAGAGGAGGCUAGCCCGUUGCCUGACAGCAGCCCGAAUGCAGGAAAAGCCGGCGUCCUAGGGGCAAGUAAGGAAGAGUCUGGGGCGAAUGUAAUGGCAACAUUUCUCAAGUUGAAGGAAACUGGGAAUGCCUUAGUUAAAAAGGGUAAACAUGAAGAGGCGAUAAAGAGUUACACAGAUUGUAUUAAGUUAUGCCCGAAAGAGGUGGCCAUAUACACCAACAGAGCAUUGUGUUAUCUGCAACUAACCAAGUAUGAUCUGGCUGAAGCGGACUGCAACACGGCGUUGAAGAUCCAAAGCGACAACAUAAAGGCUUUCUUUAGACGAGGAAAGGCAAGAAAAGGUUUAGGGCGGUAUCGUGAGGCGAGCGAAGAUCUGGUUCAAGUGUUAAAACUGGAUAGCAAAAAUGGUGCCGCAAGGAGUGAGCUAACGAACGUGCUUACCUUGCUUAAAAAGGAGAAAAAAGAGGAGGAUAAAGUCCCCAAGCGGAAGAAAAUUUUAAUUCAAGAUGUCGACGAUGACGAGAAGAAUAAACCUGACAUAUCUGCGCCGCAAGAACCCAGUAACCUUCCUGCUAAAAAGAACGAGACGCUAAAAACUGUCCAGAAGAGGUCACCUCCUGAAAGUAAUCAGAAACCGAAUAAAACAAAAACAGCAAAUUCCAAAGUCAGUCAGAAAGAAAAUGCCAAGAAAAAAAUUGAAGAUAUGACGGCAAAGGCCAGUGUCAGUGCCCCGGGUCCAGUUAAAUAUAACGUUAAAACUGCCUAUCAAUUCCUGCAAUCAUGGAAAAGUGUCAAGAGUGAAGAUGCAUCGGAAUACUUGAAGAUCUUAAAACAAGUCAAUUUAGCUGACUUGCCUAAAGUACUCAGUAACAAACUGGAUGGCGAUAUCCUCAAGUCGAUAGUCAAAGCUCUGGAUCUCGAAUUAAAGAACAAUGGUGAUGCGAAGUUUGUUUACGAAUUUUUGGGGAAAUUGGAGACCGUGGACCGUUUUUCAAUGACGCUAAUGUUUCUUUCGCCUGUCGAGAGACAAGCGCUACAAAAGAUGUUUGAAGAUAUCACGAGGAAAAAUAUCGAAGAAAAGAUUGGAAUAAACAGUGAAGACCUAUCUAAAAUGAGAAAAAAGUAUCAAGUAUAAGAUGAAAAGAAUCCUUUACAAAAAAAGAAACCCAAGAAGGUUAUGAUGACAAAAAGAACCAAGGAAUUUGGCAAGUUCAGUUCUGUUAC